AUGGAGUUUGUUAAAGAGGAGAGUGCUGCAGAAACAUGUGGAGAGAAAGAGGAAGAAACUGAGGAACGGAGAGACCUGACAGAAGAGAAAGAUGAAAGUCAAGAACAGAAUGAGGUGAAGGAGAAGCAACAGAAUCAGAAAUCUCAUGAUUUAGUAAGCGGGGGAAAGUCUUCUAGCUCCUCAGACACUGUUUCACAAAAAAGAGCAGACGCUAAAGGCUCGUUCUCCUGCUCUCAGUGCGGAAAGAGGUUCACUCGUAAAGGACACCUGGAGGGUCACAUGGUGAUCCACACAGGUGAGAGACCAUACACCUGUCCUCAGUGCGCCAAGAGCUUCACCUGCAAAGGAAGCCUUAAGGAUCACUUCAGGAUCCACACCGGAGAGAGACCUUUCACCUGUCCUCAGUGCGAAAAGAGCUUCACAAACUCAGGAGGAUUGAAGAGGCAUGUUCGGAUUCACACCGGAGAGAGGCCUUUCACCUGCCGUCAAUGUGCAAAGAGCUUCCCGAGCUCAGGAGAGCUGAAGAGACACAUACGGAUUCACUCGCGAGAGAGACCUUACACCUGCCCUCAGUGCGGAAAGAGCUACAAACAGAAGGAGGUUCUGAGGGAACACGCCAAAAUCCACUCCGGAGAGAAGCCUUUCACCUGCAUGCUGUGCGGGAAGAGCUUCACACAACAGAGCACACUCAAAGUUCACAUGAAGGUCCACUCAGGAGAGAAGUUACACCAGUGUCCUGAAUGCGGCAGGAGGUUUUCAGAGGCCUGCAAUCUCAAAACUCACCUGCUCUCUCACACCGGAGAAAGACCCUUUCACUGUCAGCGCUGCGAUAAGAAGUUUUUCCUGGCCGUGCACUUGAAGACGCACAUGAGGAUUCACGAAGACGAGCGGCGGUACGUGUGUUCGUUCUGCGGGAAGAGCUUUCUGUGGCUGCACGGUUUUAAAGACCACCAGAAAACUCAUAUCGGCGAGAAACCCUUCGUGUGUCUGGACUGUGGGAAAACCUUCGCUAGAGCCGCCGAACUGAAAGUGCAUGAACGGAUCCACACCGGAGAAAACCCCUACAAGUGCUCACACUGUGAGAAGAGCUUCACUCAGUCAUCUGGACUGAAAGUGCAUGAGAGAGUUCACACCGGAGAGAAACCAUACCUCUGUCCCUCCUGCGGGAAGACUUUCAGCCGAUACGGGAGUUUAGGAAAGCAUUUAAAAAAGGCUUGUCCAAAGCUGAGACAGUGA